CUGUUAGAAAAAGAGGUACAAUACAGGUCCAUUUUUGUUCCCUAAGGUACAAACUUUGCAUAUGUACCCUUAAAAGUACAAAAAUGUAUCUUUAAGGUACAAUUGUGCACCUUUAAGGUACAAUUAUGCACCAUCCAUUGUACAUUGUGAGCUUUUCGAGGUGUAAGGUACAUAUUUGUCCCUUACAUAUUUGUACCUUAAUGUUUAAAUAUAAAAUGGCAGGAAUUAGUGGAUGCUUAAAAUGUCAUCACUCAAUAUAGAAACACAAGUUAACCUAUACUAUCAAACUCAAUAAUUGUCAAACUAAAUUAACUGUAAAGUUUUGAGAUAUGGGCAAAACAAAUCAGAAUGUUUUUUUUUUUUGUGAAGUGUCCCUUUGAAUCAUUUUUAAUCAUGUUAAUGAGGAUUAUGUAAUCAUUUAUAUUCAAAAACAGUAUUGAAGAAUUUGAUUUUCAAACCCUCUACCCUAUUUAUAUUAGAAUAAAACAGACAAAUAAUUGUUAACGAUUUAAGUUGUGUUCUAUUGAAAGGAUCUAGCUGGAUCUCUGGCUAACCAGAGUUUGACUCGGCGGAAGCAUAAAUAUUGCAGCGCGGAAGGAUACAUGAGUGAAUCGACAGUGAUCCAUCCAACCGUCAGUCUCUGUCAGUGUCGAUCAGAGGUGGGAGGAUGGCGCUUCGACAUUUAUCCACGGAGGAUUUAAUCACGGAGCUAUUUAAUUUUGGGAUAGAGGUCACUGAAGAGGAGAGAAAUAAAUUCAAAGAUAAUGAAGUUGACGGAGAAGCAGUGGACUAUGGAUUGACAGAGAGGAUGAUUUCAUGCCUCUUUGAAGGAUCGUUUAAGAAGCAAGCCAAAUUCAACCGAUUUGUUCAGCAGUGGAAAGAAACCGUGACACUAACCCUCGAGCCUGUCCCGGUACAUUCAGAGAAGGCUACAGCGGAAUCAAGUCAUGCCAUCCCAUCAUCAGCCUUCCCAGCAGUUUUCAUCAUUCCAAAAUUUCCCAGAGAUGUUCAGACAAAGUUGGACCAAAAACCGCCAUGUAAAAUUGAGAGAUCCGAUCACAACAAAAUCAUAAGAACAUUGUAUGAAACCAUGGCCCUGAUCAAAAUGUUUCCGACCAAUGAUGACUAUGUGAAAGUGUGUAAGGCCCUGAUUUUGAAAUACCCUUUCUUAAAAGACAAAGAAGGCAAUGGUUAUCAUACCUGGCACAUGUCUCUCAAACGUAAGUUCAAAUAUGAGCGGGUGCCACUGGUAGAUGAUGAAGAGGUGAGAAGAAUGAAACAGAAAUUUGGUCAUCACACAAAGCCUUUACAACUGGAAGAAAACACAAGCAAACGAGCCAAGGCAUCAAAGAAGGUGGAUAUUAUUGGGGAGGAUGAUACCUCAGUAGCGAGCCAUGUGAAAGUCCUGCAGGACCAGUACCGGAAGACACAGCCAGAUGCCCGAAUUGUGGAGGAACGGAUGAUGAGGACAUUUGCUUGGAGAAGGCGAGAGAUUGCCAAUGGGAUGACUGUCAAAGAAGCCAUUAACAAAUAUCCAUUCCUUAAGAGUCCAUGCGGGCUAUUUCAGGAAAUGGGCCGGCUUCAUGAUGAAAUGAAUAUCUGCCGAAGGUUCGAAGAUGGCUUUAAGGUUCUAGUACCCAAAGUGCUUAGUUUGACUCAAAGGAAAUCUCCCCUUGCAGAUCUGGCUUUGGAGGAAAGAGAGGCUGCCCUCACCGAAGAUGUCCCUGGGAUUGAUUUCAGAGCUGCAAUCCUGCUGUUGCCGAUCCUGUUCAGGGAGAAAAAUGACAUUCUCUUCAUACUUGGGGAGGAUCAGCCACCAUCGCCAUAUCCUACUGUACAACUCGAAGCUGUCACUGACUGGAGGAGUGUGCUGACUCAAAAGGUCCCUGCAGUGGUCAAACUGGAUGGGCAGUCAGUCUGCAGGGCGCUUGGUUUGGAGGAAGGUGUUAUUGCUGCUUUUUGUGCUUACUUCAUCUACAACGUGGUAUAUCCAUCUCACCUGAAGAACACCCUGAUUUUCAUUCAGCGAUAUGUUCUAAAAAUGUCUGAGGUUGAUGAUAAGCCUCUACCUGUUAGUGUGACCAGGGUAAUCAACAUUUUAGCUUGAUCAACAACCACAAUGCCUACACCAUUCAGCUGUCCUAAAUGCUCUCGAAGAGCCUUCACAUUGAUGAAGUUAAUCCAGCAUAUCGGACUUGUUCAUGCACAUGAGCCACAUUUUACCAUAACGUGUGGCCUUAACAACUGUCAAUCAACAUUUUCUAAAUAUGAGUCCUUCCGACGACAUAUUUACAGGAAGCAUAAAGACAUUUAUUUAAGACAUUCCAGACGAGCCACUGCUCAUGAUAUCCAGGAAACAGUAGUGGGCGAGGAGGAGCAGGGGCCCAGUGAUUCUGUCAAUCCUCCUGAACCUCCUGAGAUGAAUGAACUGUUAGUGCAGUUUAGAGAGAAUCUUUUUGGCUUUAUUCUGAAAUCGAGGGAAAAAAACCACCUUCCUCAGACUGUUCAACAAGAAAUACUGGAUGACGUAAAUUUUUUGUUUGACUUCUUUAAAGCAAACUAUGAUGCAUUUCUAAAAUAUCAUCUUGAAAAAAAUGGCUUCAAUGUGGAAUCUUGUCCUGAACUUUAUGAAGUUCUACAGUCUUCUGACUUUUUUUCAGAGGCAUCAAAACUUGUUAGGUCUCCGCAUAUGUUGAAAAACUACUGCAAAUCCAACCUUGAAAUGACUGAACCUGUAGACUAUGCACUGAGAGACCCAAGUGGUCGUAAAGUUGGAAGCUACUCUUAUGUACCCAUUUGUGAUGUACUUCAGAAAUACUGCUCUCAUGAAGAUGUUUGGGAUUCUAUGCAGAGAGAGCGAAACUGUGAAAGAGAUGAACAUGUUCUAACUGAUUAUAGAGAUGGAUUUUAUUUCAGGAAUCACAAGGUAUUUGCAGAUAAUCCAGAUGCUCUAAGGUUACACCUAUAUGAGGAUGAAUUCGAGGUGUGUAAUCCGCUGGGUUCUAAACGCAACAAGCACAAACUUUGUGCAUUCUACUACACUGUUGGAAACGUAGGUUCAAAGAACUGCUCACAGUUAAAACAUAUCCAUCUUGCUUUGCUUGUCCGUUACGUUCAUGUAAAAAAGUUUGGUUUAGAUGUAAUUUUGAAGCCAUUACUUGAUGACCUUAAGAAACUGUCAUCAGAGGGACUUAAUAUCAGUGUUAAUGGCAUGGAGAAGCAUGUUUUUGGAGCUGUAGCUGCAAUAUUGGGAGACAAUCUGUCAUCUCACAUGAUAGGUGGAUUUGCCAUGUCUUUUGGUGCUGGUCGAAUCUGCAGAUACUGCAUGGCUACUCACUCUGAGAUGAAAAAGAACUUCAGUGAAUCUGAUUUUGUUUUAAGAAAUGUUGAUGUACACAGAUACCAUUUAGAAUGUGUAAAACAAAAUCCAGAAAACAAAGGAAUGUAUGGAGUUCGUGGUGGAUGUAUAUUUGACCAGUUAGAUUACUUUGACGUCACAACAUCUCUUCCUCCCGAUGUCAUGCAUGAUUUCUUGGAGGGUGUAGCACCGUUGGUAUUGAGGCUUGUUGUAUGUAAAGCUCAUCAAGAAAAACAUAUAACCAUACAAGAACUAAAUGAUGAACUAAGAAAGAUGUCCAUUGGACAAAAUGAUAAGACAAAUAAGCCUGUGGCUUUCUCAGAAAAUAUUUUACAUGGAUCCAGUGUUGUUGGAUCUGCUUCACAGAAGUGGUGUUUAUUCCGCCUACUUCCUUUCUUGAUGGCACACAGGGUACCUGAAGGCUGCAGUUACUGGCAGAUCUAUUUAUUGUGUCGUGAAAUUGCCGACAUUGUAAUGGCACCAGUUGUAAAAAAAGAGUCCCUUCUUCUUCUUGACCAAUUAGUUUCUGAGUUUUUGUGUGGCAUGGAAAAAGAGUUUGGAAAUGUGAUAACUCCAAAAUGUCAUUACUUGAUCCAUUAUUCUCGUCUAAUGUUGUCCUACGGUCCUUUACGGUCUUUGUGGUGCAUGAGAUUUGAAGGGAAACAUCAGUAUUUCAAAAAGGUAGCUAGUUCCUCAAGGAACUUUAUCAAUGUUACAUCAACUUUAAGCAGCCGCCAUCAGUUUAGACAGUGUUGGGAAUUUUCCUCAACUAAUAUGUUUGGGGAGUAUGAGAGGGUUAUGGGACGCAGUGUUAACACACUGUUACAGUCUCUUCCUUCAGCUCUUAGGCAUUCCAUAACUGUUAGUGAGCAUUACAAACAUGUCAAUUUUCAGGACAUUACACUCAACCGAGUAACAGAGGUUGUGAUUAACAGUGUUAAAUACUGUGUGGGAGAUGUCUUUGUUGUGGGUCAUUUGCACUGUGAAAAAAUACCUUUGUUUUUUCAAGUCAAAUAUGUUCUAAACAUACACACAGAUUGGGCGUUAUGUGGAAAACUAUUAAUUCCUCUUUCUUUCUGUCAUCACUAUUACGCCUACUUGGUGAAAUAUGAACAGGACUGGACUGUCCUUGACCCUUUUGAGGUGAUGGAUUUUCAUGCUUUGGAUACAUACUGUGUCGAUGAUAAACUGUUUGUUAGAAUGCGGCAUUUAUGUUAAGCUGUGUUGGGAGGGUUGUAGAGCGUUGUGGAUGAGCUCAACGCUUGUGUUUUUUAAAUCCAGAACACAUCAAGUGUCGUGUAGUUUAUCCGUUAAGUGACUUUACUUUGGUGUGGUGUGCUAAAGUGUUUUGCUUGGUCUUUUAUAAUAUUGCUGUUCUUAUUAGUGAUGUUCAUGAAAUUGAAAGAAGCAAAAUAUAAAUGGGUCCAUUGUAUUUAUUCCCUGCUACGCAUCUAUUCACUGAUAUUGCUGUUCAUUUUGUUUUUGAAGUGGCAGUAAGUUUUCAGUUGGUCAGUGAAAUGCUUCUUAAAAAAUGUAAUUCAUUAUUUUUAAUGUUUUUUAUAUCAGACAUGACAUCCUAAACGUUGUGGCAUUUUAUUUUGGGAUGUUACAUUGUAUGGUUGUGAGAUGAAUUAUUAUUGAAUCUGUGAAUUAAACUGUUUUCCAUUUUAAGGACUAAAAUAAAUGUCUAAAAUUCAGUUAGUUGUUGUUUGCCUUUAUUUUCUUUCACUCCUUAAGGAAUAAAAAGGAACUUUUUUGCCACCUAAAGGUACAAAAUGGCUUUGUCACUGGGGUGGUACCUUAAUGGGACAAAAUUGUACCUUUUUCCAGAGGUACUUUAUUGUACCUUUGUCUAAGGUACAUUAUCGAUCCUCAAAGGUACAGUUUUGGCCCUUAGAAGGUACAAACAAGUAAGGUACAAAUUUGCUCCUCUGACUCGAGGUACAAUAAUGUACCUUUGAGGGUACCACCCCAGUGACAAGCUUUUGUUCCUUAAAGGUACCGUUUUGUACUUUUUUUUCUGA